AACCAGAACCCGGACGAGCUCCGUACCCGCUGCCCGCCUCUGUCCGUGGUCCUGAACACAGUCUCCUGGCGGAUUUAGUGGAUUGUUCCCCCCAAAAAACCCUCCUGCGUGGAGGCGUGAGAGCGGACAUCAGCAUGAUUUCAUGGAGACUGAGGUCAUGAGCAUCCCGCGGCUCGGCACCGGCGACUCCGGGAUCUGAAACCCCCACACACAGAGACACACACGCAGAGACACACACACAGAGACACACACACACACACACACACACAAAAGGUGGAACAUUUUCGGUUCACCUUGGAGGUCAUAAACCAGAACCGCGACCCCCCCUCCCCUCUCACCCUCAUCUUCCUCCUUCUCUUCUUCCACUAAAGGCUUUUUUUGGUCCUUUUUUUUUUUUUUUUUGGAGGGGACUUCAUCCUCUCCAGAGCGUGACCCCCCUCCUCCCCUUCCCACCACCUCCACACACUCCCCCUCCCCUCUAAACAAAAUGAGACUGGCAAAAAUGUGCCGACUAAACGUGCUGGGGAUCUAUUUGUGGCAAACGGUUGUGUUUUUCAGCUUGGCAGCAUCCAAAGAAGCUGCAGCGAGGAAAGCUGCCUCCCCGAUGCCACCGUCCGAAUUUCUGGACAAGCUCAUGGGCAAGGUUUCGGGGUACGAUGCCAGAAUCCGACCAAAUUUUAAAGUGUGGAACAAAGACCCCAAAGGCUCCAAAAAUGAAGCUACUCACAAGAAAGGUCCGCCUGUCAACGUAACCUGCAACAUUUUCAUCAACAGCUUCGGGUCCAUCGCCGAAACAACAAUGGUACGCCAGCCGCCGAUCCUUCUAGGCGUUCUGGAUGCGGAGAGCCUUACCUUCCUCGACCAGGUCCAGGAUGGCUUUCUGCUGCAAAUAACGCUGGUCCUGGCCUGCCCCAUGGAUCUGAAGAACUUUCCAAUGGACGUCCAGACCUGCAUCAUGCAGCUGGAGAGCUUCGGCUACACCAUGAAUGACCUCAUAUUCGAAUGGGACAAGAAGGGGGCCGUGCAGGUGGCCGACGGGCUGACGCUACCUCAGUUCAUUCUGAAAGAAGAGAAGGACCUGCGCUACUGCACCAAGCACUACAACACAGGUAAAUUCACCUGUAUCGAGGCUCGUUUCCACCUGGAGCGUCAGAUGGGUUACUACCUGAUCCAGAUGUACAUCCCCUCUCUGCUCAUAGUCAUCCUGUCCUGGGUUUCCUUCUGGAUCAACAUGGACGCCGCGCCCGCCCGGGUGGGCCUGGGCAUCACCACCGUGCUGACCAUGACCACGCAGAGCUCCGGUUCAAGAGCCUCUCUGCCCAAGGUGUCGUACGUAAAAGCCAUCGAUAUCUGGAUGGCCGUCUGUCUGCUGUUUGUGUUCUCGGCCCUGCUCGAGUACGCCGCCGUCAACUUCAUCGCCCGCCAGCACAAGGAGCUGCUGCGCUUCAGACGGAGGCGACGACACAUGAAGGAGGAUGAGACGGGCGAGGGCCGCUUCAGUUUCCCCGGUUACGGCAUGGGCCCCGCUUGCCUGCAGGCUAAGGACGGCAUGGCCAUCAAAGGCAACAACAACAAUGCCCCGACCUCGGCCGCACCCGAAAAGAGCAUCGAGGAGAUGAAGAAGCUGUUCAUCAGUCGGGCCAAGCGCAUCGACACGGUGUCCCGUGUGGCCUUCCCGCUCGUCUUCCUCAUUUUUAACAUUUUCUACUGGAUCAUUUACAAGAUCAUCCGCAGCGAGGACAUCCACAAGCAGUAGUGGAGAGCUGAGGAGGAGGACAAGGAGGAGAACGGUGCGGAGAGGAGAAGACAGAGAAAAGGAAACAGAGCGCUGACUUCGGUACAAGAUCUUUUGCCCCUUUCUCCACCGAGCGUUCUCUCCUCUUCCUCUUCCUUCGCCUUCAUUUGGUCGAGGAAAGUCACUUUCUUUGUGGCGGUCGCUCACCAUGGCACCACCUGACGCCUACAGACACGAUUUCAAAUAUUUAUUAUUGCUUUAUUUUUCCUUUAAUCUCCUCUCCUACCCCGAAACCUGCCCCGUUCCCGUCUCCUUCCAGCUCCUGAAUAAUCUGGACCGGUGCAAUAGCAAUGCAGUAAAAUGCAUGAUAUAUGAAUGUGGCAAUAUAUUCAAGAAACGAAAAGUUCAACUUUUGCAGGCAUCCCAGCAAAAACUGUGUGGGAGCAGUCGGACUGAACAAGCGAGGCUUGUAAAAGAAAUGUUGUGUUUGAUUUUAGCUUUUUGUGUGACGACAGAUAUAAUGCUAUGUGACGGGUGGGUUGUGCAAGAGCAGUGUAAUAUACUCAUAUAUAUUAUCAUAACUGGGAAAAAAUAGGAUGUUUGUUUCCACAGGUGGGCAUCUGGAUUUAAAGGAUUUUUCACCCAAAAAAAAGAAAAGAAAAGAAGGCGGGCCGAUCAGUGCUUCCAUUGAACAAAGCGAUGCAAAGGUCGCGCUUUCUGUAUAUCGAGAUUUGCUUCAAACGUGUACUGCAAGCACUCCUCAAAGCUCCCCCUUCCUCCCGCUGCCAUCAAGCACCGUGAAACUGAACCGACCUGUCAAUCACACGACUGGACGACAUGGGACAAACUAUCUCAUUUAUCCGUGCUCAGCGUGUUCCUCUGCCUGUCCUUCAUUUCUGUUUUUUCGGUUGUUUCUUAAUGAAUUUCUGUGCCGACUCAACGCGUGGCUCCUGCGGCACUCUGACGCGCAGGAAGGAGGUGCGCUCUGAUGUCAGCAGCUGAUGUCGCCUCGCGGGCUCCUGGGUUUUUGAGAUUUCGCUUUGUUUUGGUGAAAGUGGACAGAGAACUACUCGAGCGAGGACGUAGCAACACACAGAUACGUUUACAUCUCCAGUAGUGCUUCCUUGCUUUGACCCCGCCUUAACGUAACGCCGCCCAUCCCGCUCCCCAGCCGAGAGGACAUAUGUUACCUUAAUUAACUGUAUUCCCGCCUCAUUCGUAUGCACCGACUGUAGCUGCAAACCUCAUAAAGCUACGCCGCCAUCCACAUGCAGAGGCUGUGAUGAGUGGAUUCGUCAUUUGAGGCUUCAUAAGUGUGACUAAUGAUUUUAUUUGUUUCUUUUUUUUUCUUGUACUUUGCACCAGGCUUCUCUAUGCAACGAUCAGUAUAUGCAAAUAUGAUUUUUCCCACGUCUUAGCACCCUUAUCCACAUCCCGCUGCAGACAGUGAGAAAAGGUCUUUCAUGCUUAUUGGUCAGAAUGGAGACAAAGGUGUUGCAAACUGCCCAGGCACUUCUGCCCAAUGCACACGGAUCAGUAGAUGGAGAAAAAUAUAUAUAAAUAUAUAUGUGUGUAUGUGUUAAACUAGAAUUCUGAAGGAAGGAGGUGGAAGGAGGAGAGUGAUGUGUGUGCAGUGAGAACUCUGACAGGCUGUGAUGUGAAAUGUUCUUUUUUUUGCAAACAUUUAAUCAAUCUCACACUAUCUUUUUCUGCUUCUUACUCAAAAACCUGCCUUUGCAGCCAAACCUCAAAGGAGCACGUCGACGAUUCUUUGUGAGACACCGGGAGGCCUGGCUCAGCCGUACUGCCCAGUGCAGAACCAUUUUAUUAAAUUCCAGCUUGUGCGCUGCUUAAAUUAGCCCGAUGUAGCUAUUAUAUAUUAUAGUUUGUGUUUCGUGGUUCUGUCCCAAUCCUCAGACAUACUGUAAGAGUCUUAGAGAGAGCGGAUGAACAUUUCCGAUUAUUCCUCUGAUAAGCUCUGAUCAGUGAGCCACCAACUGAAAGUCAACCAGCCAGCUAGACCUUCCUCGCUCUGACAAUAAAACAUGGAUUAUUUGUUUUGGUCUAAAUAUCAGACACGGGGAGACUGGCACAAAGUGCAUCUCCACUGUUAACUGAAACAAACAUUUCGCUGUCCAACUCUGCAUUGUGAGAAAAAAUAUGAUUUAAGACGCUAUAAUUUCAUAUUCUUUUUAUUCUCAGAGACAGAAAUACAAAACAAUAUUUUCAUUUGGAUGAUUUCUUCAUUUCUCUCCUCCUGCUGUUUAAUCCAUGAAUCCGCAGCAAAGGGAUUCCUUAAAACUAAUUUGGGUUUUGUGUCUUUUACAGAACAUCUGAUGUAGAUUUUAAUUUAAUUAAUUCACUUUGUCUCAAAGUACACUGCGAGCAAUCCGAAGGGCUAUGCUCCACCUCUCCCUCUGCUCACAUGAUCCCAGCCUGUUCUGACUUUAAAAUGGAAGUGCCAUAAAAUCUGCUUCAGUCCAAACUAUGCAUCUCAUUCACCGAAUCAUUCCCAGAAAAGGAAAACUGCUCAAAGCUGGAACCUCAGAGGUGCUUCGGUUACUUACAGAGGCCGUUUUAUUUCCACAUCCGCGGCUGUGUUUCCGUGAGCUCCGGUCGAAUCCCCGCCUUCACCCUCUCACCCCCCUUAUCGUUACACCUUCAGAGAUGUGGGCACGGAUUCAGAUUCAGAGCAGAUCAGACGGUUCAAGCAGGGAAAGUUAAAAGGUGGUGUUUUUUCUGAAAACCCACAAAUAUGCAUGUUAAAUGAAGACCUCACCCAGGUCCAAAGUCACACUUGUACUUCUCUGCUAUUCAUGUAUGUGGGAGCAACGAAGCAAAACAAGCUCACUGGGCCUUUCAAAGGCUGCUGCGAUGCUUCUCACACAGCAUUCUUGGUUUGAACAAAGUUGUCCAGAAAUCACCUUAAAACUAAUUCCAGGUAAUAAACUCUUUCAGUUACACAGGUCAGUCAAGCAGGCGCAGUACUUAAAAAGUAAACUGUUUAGUGCUGCUGAAAGGAAUAUUUUAUAUUUGUGUACAGGGACAAAUCAACGGCAUCUUAAAUGGAAGUGUUUGACUUUUAGUCCACCUGGCUCAGUCGUGGUGAGGCACACAACAAACUUUAAAAUAUCUUUUAUAAUAGAGCUUGAGGUGCAGCUCUUCCCAGCAAAUGAACUUAUGGAUCCGUGCAUGCUCGCCAGGAAAAUCAUCUUGGCAGCUCCUCUGAGCGACACGUAUGAUGCAAACCGUCUCUGAUGGCCUCUGUUUGCAGUGAAGCCUCCUCUGUGGUCACGGCCUGUACCCAGGUGGGAAACCUCAGCCGGCUCCGUCUGAUUAGGACGGCUCCUUUUAUCUUCUGUGCCAAAAACACAAGAACAUCAGUCGCCUGUUUUACAUACACAUGUACAUCUUCUCGUGCCAUAUGGGGGUUGAAUAUGCAACAAAAAAAGAGGACCUAGAAGCAUAUCGUGCAUCCAUUCAACCACCAUUUCCCAGCAUUUACGGCCCUCCCCUCAGGCGUGGGUCUCGUGCGUGUCAUAGUUGUUGUAGAGCUUUUUGUCAGGCCUCAUGCCGUCGUAUUAAUCAUUGUUCUCUGUGGG